GCCCAGAGGGAUCUGUGCCGUGUGCCCGCGCCGCGCCGGGCCGGGCCGCGAAGGAGGCUGCCCUAGGCGGGCAGCGGCAGUGUAGAGCCGGGCCGGGAGGCCGAUCCUGCGGGUCUGGAGUCCGGCGGGACCAUGGGGACCGGGGCUGGUGGGCCGAGUGUCCUGGCGCUGCUGUUCGCCGUGUGUGCUCCGCUCCGGUUGCAGGCGGAGGAGCUGGGUGAUGGCUGUGGGCACAUAGUGACCUCUCAGGACAGUGGCACAAUGACAUCUAAGAAUUAUCCAGGGACUUACCCCAAUUACACUGUGUGUGAAAAGAUCAUCACAGUCCCAAAGGGGAAGAGACUUAUUCUGAGGUUGGGAGAUUUGAACAUUGAGUCCAAGACCUGCGCUUCUGACUAUCUCCUCUUCAGCAGUGCAACAGAUCAGUAUGGUCCAUAUUGUGGGAGUUGGGCUGUUCCCAAAGAACUCCGGCUGAACUCAAACGAAGUGACUGUCCUCUUCAAGAGUGGAUCUCACAUUUCUGGCCGGGGCUUUCUGCUGACCUACGCCAGCAGUGACCAUCCAGAUUUAAUAACCUGUUUGGAACGAGGCAGCCAUUAUUUCGAGGAAAAAUACAGCAAAUUCUGCCCAGCUGGCUGUAGAGACAUAGCAGGAGAUAUUUCUGGGAAUACAAAAGAUGGUUACAGAGAUACCUCUUUAUUGUGCAAAGCUGCCAUCCACGCAGGGAUCAUCACAGAUGAACUAGGUGGCCACAUCAACUUGCUUCAGAGCAAAGGGAUAAGUCACUAUGAAGGACUCCUGGCCAAUGGCGUGCUCUCCCGGCAUGGUUCUUUGUCGGAAAAGCGAUUUCUUUUUACAACCCCAGGAAUGAAUAUUACAACUGUGGCGAUUCCAUCAGUGAUCUUCAUCGCCCUCCUUCUGACUGGAAUGGGGAUCUUUGCAAUCUGUAGAAAGAGGAAAAAGAAAGGAAAUCCAUAUGUGUCAGCUGACGCUCAGAAAACAGGCUGUUGGAAGCAGAUUAAAUAUCCCUUUGCCAGGCAUCAGUCGACGGAAUUUACCAUCAGCUAUGACAAUGAAAAAGAGAUGACACAAAAGUUGGAUCUCAUCACUAGUGAUAUGGCAGAUUAUCAGCAGCCUCUCAUGAUUGGCACAGGCACAGUCGCGAGAAAGGGCUCUACCUUCCGACCCAUGGACACAGACACUGAGGAGGUCAGAGUGAACACUGAGGCCAGCGGCCACUAUGACUGUCCUCACCGCCCGGGCCGCCAUGAGUACGCACUGCCUUUGACGCACUCAGAACCUGAGUAUGCCACACCUAUCGUGGAGCGGCACCUGCUGCGAGCUCACACCUUCUCCACACAGAGCGGCUACCGAGUCCCUGGGCCCAGGCCCACUCACAAACACUCCCAUUCCUCUGGAGGCUUUCCUCCUGCUACAGGAGCCACCCAGGUUGAAAGCUAUCAGAGGCCAGCAAGCCCCAAGCCUGUGGGUGGUGGCUAUGACAAGCCUGCUGCUAGCAGCUUCUUGGACAGCAGAGACCCAGCCUCUCAGUCACAGAUGACUUCCGGGGGAGAUGAUGGUUAUUCGGCACCCAGAAACGGUCUUGCGCCCCUCAACCAGACGGCCAUGACUGCUCUUUUGUGAACCCAAUGUGAAAGAAACCUGCUGUGGUACUGAGCGCGCACCGCUGCGAGUCACUGGAAGAAAUGUGCAAGCGUGCAUGUGUGACUCUUCAGGAUCCUAGAGACGACCUCACUUACUGUUUACAGAACUGUGCAGCUGGUUUAGUUCCAACCCUUCCUGCAGAGCCAGUUGGUUUCUGUUGUGCUAGAACAAGGGGACUUUUCUCAUUUGUCUUAACUGUGAUGCUGUGCUGUAAAAUGUGCAAUUUGUACAGUUAUAUUUAACACGAAUUAACAUUACGAAGUUUGCGGUGUUUGUUUUCUACACAGGGCUUAAGGAGAAAACACGGGAUUUGUAUAGCGGUAGCCUGUGUUUCUCAGUGUAUUUGAUUAUCUGACGCUGUAAGCAGCAGGUCUGUUUAAAAACCUCGUUGGUUGUUGUGGCUCUUUCCUUUUUGAUAAAGUAAAAGCAUUUUUACCGCUUUGUCUCCUGGAAGAAAUGAAAUUACUUGAAACAUGUAAAGCACUCCAGGAUAGGUGAUUGCUAGCAAUGGUGGCCCAUUUAUGCAAGCAAACAUCUGACUUUAGCAGCUGCAGCCUGCUUUCUUAGACUUUCCUUGAGAGGUAGGGCAGCCUAGUGUCCUGGGGCCUGCGUGGAUCCCAGCUGCAUCCUGAGGGACCACCUUCUCUAAGGAAAGGGCUUAGCCUACUGCACAGUGUUCCUAAGUAAAUCUGCCUUUCCAGGGUGCUGAGAUUCAAGGCUAGCCACACUGUUCAUCCGCACCUUGUAAUGAAGGAGGCACAGGGCUUGUAGCUCAAGGCAGGAAUAUCAAAUAUUUCUAAACCUCAGAUUAAAAAUAAAGCUGAGCCCAGAAGCCCUACUUCUUACAACUUUCUCCAGAGAUAAUGCAUGUGGGUGACUUCCACUAUCCCUGGAAAACAAAUGUCGGGUCAUAUGGCUUCGCGCAUGCGCAGAAGCAGAGCUUUUCUAGUGGCGCGCUAGUAACUGUCCUGGUGAUGUAAAAAGCAGUUUUCUUUUUCCCCUGCAUACGUGCUUAUACUCAUAGAGUAGCCCAUGUCUCGGCUGUACCUCAUGUUUUGUGUUGUUUUUCCCUGAGUUUUACUUUGUGAAUGAACUGGGGAGUUAACCUCUUUUUGCCAAAGAGGAGAAAGUAUGUGUCUUGUUUAUUGAAAGAAAACAUGGACCAAAAACAAACAAAAAAUCCUUUCCUUGCAAAUUGUAUUAUAAUCCUAUUUGUGUGAAUUCUAUCGAUGUUAAAGUAGGGUGCUGAGAGCUCAUGGCAUAGGGUCUGCUGGUUAUAGUGGAGGUUAAACCAUUUACCUUACGGAGUUUACAAGAUUGUGUAUGUGUACUAAUUGUAAUAAACUAUGCCAAAUCAGAGA